CCUCCUCUUCAUUAGAGAUCCCAAAGCUUAACAUUCUCUCAAAAUCAUUCGCAAACAAAACUCUGAAUUGCAAUCUCAAAUCUCAGAAAGAAAGAAGACGAUUUCCUUGGGAUCAGAACAUUAUGUCGAACUGUUUGCAAUUGAAUACGUCUUGUGUUGGUUGCGGAUCACAAUCCGAUUUAUAUGGAAGCUCUUGUAGACACAUGACGUUGUGUUUGAAGUGUGGUAGAACCAUGGCGCAGAAUAAAUCUAAGUGUCACGAGUGUGGAACCGUCGUUACACGUUUGAUUCGGGAGUAUAACGUUCGUGCUGCGGCACCUACGGAUAAGAACUACUUCAUUGGUAGAUUUGUGACUGGUCUUCCUAAUUUCAAGAAAGGUUCUGAGAAUAAAUGGUCUCUUCGUAAAGAUAUACCGCAAGGUCGUCAGUUUACAGAUGCACAACGGGAGAAGUUAAAGAACAAACCUUGGAUCUUGGAAGAUGAAACUGGACAGUUUCAGUACCAGGGACAUCUUGAAGGCUCUCAGUCUGCUACUUACUAUCUCUUAGUGAUGCAGAACAAAGAGUUUGUUGCGAUUCCUGCUGGUUCUUGGUAUAACUUCAACAAGGUUGCACAGUAUAAGCAACUUACAUUGGAAGAAGCGGAAGAGAAGAUGAAGAAUCGGAGAAAAACGGCUGAUGGUUAUCAAAGGUGGAUGAUGAAAGCUGCGAAUAAUGGUCCAGCGUUGUUUGGAGAAGUGGAUAAUGAAAAGGAGAGCGGUGGAACCAGUGGAGGUGGUGGUAGGGGUCGUAAGAAGUCAUCAGGCGGUGAUGAAGAGGAAGGAAAUGUUUCUGACAGAGGGGAUGAAGAUGAAGAGGAAGAGGCGUCACGGAAAAGUAGACUUGGACUUAAUAGAAAGAGUAAUGAUGAUGAUGAUGAAGAAGGUCCAAGGGGUGGUGAUCUUGACAUGGAUGAUGAUGACAUUGAGAAGGGGGAUGACUGGGAGCACGAGGAAAUUUUCACGGAUGAUGAUGAAGCAGUCGGUAAUGAUCCUGAGGAACGUGAAGACCUUCUGGCUCCUGAAAUUCCUGCUCCUCCAGAAAUAAAGCAGGAUGAGGAUGAUGAAGAAAAUGAAGAAGAGGAGGGAGGUUUGAGCAAAUCUGGUAAAGAGUUGAAGAAACUGCUUGGUAAGGCUAAUGGUUUGGACGAAUCUGAUGAAGACGAUGAUGAUGAUUCUGAUGAUGAGGAGGAGACAAACUACGGUACAGUUACGAACUCAAAACAGAAGGAGGCGGCGAAAGAAGAACCUGUUGAUAAUGCACCUGCAAAACCUGCACCAUCUGGACCUCCUCGUGGAACACCUCCUGCAAAACCAUCCAAGGGAAAGAGAAAACUAAACGACGGCGAUUCUAAAAAGCCUAGCAGCUCUGUUCAAAAGAAAGUGAAGACUGAAAAUGAUCCGAAAUCUUCUUUGAAAGAAGAGAGAGCAAACACAGUUUCCAAAUCCAACACACCAACAAAAGCUGUGAAAGCUGAACCAGCUUCAGCUCCUGCAUCAUCAUCCUCAGCUGCGACUGGGCCUGUGACUGAAGAUGAAAUCCGCGCUGUUCUGAUGGAAAAGAAGCAAGUCACUACACAGGAUCUUGUUUCCAGGUUUAAGGCAAGACUUAAGACCAAAGAGGACAAGAAUGCCUUUGCCAAUAUUCUGAGGAAGAUCUCAAAGAUACAGAAGAACGCUGGUUCUCAAAACUUCGUCGUUUUGAGAGAAAAGUGAGGACUUCCUGUUUUCACAGCUAACUCUUUUCAAAAAGAUUUCAAGAUAUCUCAUGAGCUAGUUAAAAUAAGAAUGUUUUUCUCAUUUCUUGAUUUCAGAUGUUUAAAGUUGGACCUAUUUUUUUCCCAUGACACUAUUAGUAAUUGAAAAUCUUCAAAUGUUUUAUUCGAAAAAAAUGUUUUAUGCGAAGGUUUUCAAAAAUGGAAUGUUCCAGUGAAAGCCCAAUUGUGAAGAGGAAAAUAGUAACCAUAAAAAAGCCCAUUCGUAGGGAUCCUAUUGUGAUUAGGAUUUACUGAGAUUCGGAUAAAUACAAUUAGGUUUCCAACUGCUUAUAUGAUGGAGAGAUAAGAUCGUUGGGACUCUUAUAUAAAGAAACAGAGUUUCUCCUAAGACGAGAUUCUACUACUUUUCUCUCCAAAAAAAAGAAAAUCAGAGUCAUUAAAAGGACAAUAUAAGAAACUUUGCCUUGGUGAGCAAGCAACGCUACAAUAUAAAAGGCGAAGUAUUAUUGUUCUCUCCUUUGUUUUACAGAUGUCAGCCUAAACCAGGGAAGAGAGAAAGUCGUGUGAACAAGCUCAACAUCCGAUCUAAUCUUCAACCACGCAAGAUGGAACUUGUGACUGAAGACGAAAUCCGCAAAGUUCUGAUGGAGAAGAAGCAAUUAACUACACUGGAACUUGUUAUGAGGUUUAAGGAAAGACUUACAACCACAGAGGACAAGGAUUCCUUUUCCCAUAUUCUCAAGAAGAUCGCAAAGUUACAGAAGAACCCUGGUUCUGAAAAGUUUGUUGUUGUUUUGAGAGAUAAUGUUACUCCGCUUGCUUCUGAUCUAACUCGUUUAUCUAUUUCAUGAUCUCAUGUGAAUUUAGUAAUAAUAAUAAGAAUUUUUCUCGUGUCUUGUUUUCAAAAGGUUUUCAACCGGACCGAUUUGGUUCUCGGUGGUGAUUUAUAUGUUAA